UCUCUCUCUCUCUAUCUAUAUAUAGGUCUCCCCACUCCGCUCUAGCCUCAUCGACCCAUCAUCAUCCAUCAAGUGCAAGCAAGCAGGCAGUCUCAUCGGAACAAUCCAUCCAUCCUAAACCCUCUGAAGAAGCGUCGUCUUCGGAAGCGAUCAUCAUGUCUCUGGUUCGGCGAAGCAACAUCUUCGAUCCCUUCUCCCUCGACCUGUGGGAGCCCUUCGAGGGCUUCCCCUUCGGCGGCGCCCUCUCGUUCCCGCGCCCCUCGGCGUCCUUCCCCGCGGAGACAGCGUCGUUCGCGGGCGCCCGCAUAGAUUGGAAGGAGACGCCGGAGGCGCACGUGUUCAAGGCGGAUCUGCCGGGGGUGAAGAAGGAGGAGGUGAAGGUGGAGGUGGAGGAGGGCAACGUCCUGCAGAUCAGCGGCGAGCGCACCAGGGAGAAGGAGGAGAAGAACGACACCUGGCACCGCGUGGAGCGCAGCAGCGGCAAGUUCCUACGCAGGUUCCGCCUCCCCGACAACGCCAAGGUCGAUCAGGUCAAGGCCGCCAUGGAGAACGGCGUGCUCACCGUCACCGUCCCCAAGGAGGACGUCAAGAAGCCCCAGGUCAAGUCCGUCCAGAUCUCCGGCUGAUCACGAUGAUGCUGAUCAGCACAGCACCAGCAGCAGCUUUGCUUCCUUCCUUCCUUCCUUCCUUCCUUCCUUCCCAGAACGAAUAAAUCUUCUAGGUCUCAUCUACUUCGUCAUCGUCUCUCUCUCUGUGCGUCUGAUCUGAGUCUCUCUUUAAUCGUAGUGUAAUGUGUAGUGUGCUGCUACUUACUCGUUAGGGUCGGUUCGGUGCCUUCUUUCUCUGUCCAUCGCAUUUCGUCGAGCGAUUCUCGUGCAUUUUUGUAUUUUGAAUUGCUGGUGAAUUACUGAUGCGUGUCUUGGUCGUGCUGUAUGCCGGGCCACUUUGCGUGUAAAUAAAUCGUGUGAAUCUUAUCCUAUGAUGUGUGACUAUUCCUUCUACUU